AGCAAAUUUGGAAAAAACGUGUGUCUUGUUGAUCUUUAAUUAGUAUAAGUUACGUACAAUAUCCUAUUGAAUCGGAAACAAUAAACUCAAACUAUGAUGAUGGUUACUAGCAAAGUAUUCUCUUCACUUCAGUUUUUCACUGUUUUCUACCUCUUUACAGUUGCAUUUGCUUCGACUGAGGAGGCAACUGCCCUCUUGAAAUGGAAAGCAACUUUCAAGAACCAGAAUAAUUCCUUUUUGGCUUCAUGGACGACAAGUUCUAAUGCAUGCAAGGACUGGUAUGGAGUUGUAUGCUUGAAUGGUAGGGUAAACACGUUGAAUAUUACAAAUGCCAGUGUCAUUGGUACACUUUAUGCUUUUCCAUUUUCAUCCCUCCCUUUUCUCGAGAAUCUUGAUCUUAGCAACAACAAUAUCUCUGGUACCAUUCCACCUGAGAUUGGUAAUCUCACAAAUCUUGUCUAUCUUGACUUGAACACCAAUCAGAUUUCAGGAACAAUUCCACCACAAAUCGGUUCACUAGCCAAGCUUCAGAUCAUCCGCAUAUUUAACAAUCAUUUAAAUGGCUUUAUUCCUGAAGAAAUAGGUUACCUAAGGUCUCUUACUAAGCUAUCUUUGGGUAUCAACUUUCUUAGUGGUUCUAUUCCUGCUUCAUUGGGCAAUAUGACCAACUUGUCUUUUUUAUUUCUUUAUGAAAAUCAGCUUUCUGGCUUUAUUCCUGAAGAAAUAGGUUACCUAAGGUCUCUUACUAAGCUAUCUUUGGAUAUCAACUUUCUUAGUGGUUCCAUUCCUGCUUCAUUGGGGAAUCUGAACAACUUGUCUUUUUUGUAUCUUUACAAUAAUCAACUUUCUGGCUCUAUUCCUGAAGAAAUAGGUUACCUAAGGUCUCUUACUUACCUAGAUUUGGGUGAGAAUGCUCUUAAUGGCUCUAUUCCUGCUUCAUUGGGGAAUCUAAACAACUUGUCUAGGUUGGAUCUUUACAAUAAUAAGCUUUCUGGCUCUAUUCCUGAAGAAAUAGGUUACCUAAGGUCUCUUACUUACCUAGAUUUGGGUGAGAAUGCUCUUAAUGGCUCUAUUCCUGCUUCAUUGGGGAAUCUAAACAACUUGUCUAGGUUGGAUCUUUACAAUAAUAAGCUUUCUGGCUCUAUUCCUGAAGAAAUAGGUUACCUAAGGUCUCUUACUUACCUAGAUUUGGGUGAGAAUGCUCUUAAUGGCUCUAUUCCUGCUUCAUUGGGGAAUCUAAACAACUUGUCUAGGUUGGAUCUUUACAAUAAUAAGCUUUCUGGCUCUAUUCCUGAAGAAAUAAGUUACCUAAGGUCUCUUACUUACCUAGAUUUGGGUGAGAAUGCUCUUAAUGGCUCUAUUCCUGCUUCAUUGGGGAAUCUAAACAACUUGUCUAGGUUGGAUCUUUACAAUAAUAAGCUUUCUGGCUCUAUUCCUGAAGAAAUAGGUUACCUAAGGUCUCUUACUAAACUAUCUUUGGGUAACAACUUUCUUAGUGGUUCUAUUCCUGCUUCAUUGGGGAAUCUGAACAACUUGUUUAUGUUGUAUCUUUACAAUAAUCAGCUUUCUGGCUCUAUUCCUGAAGAAAUAGGUUACUUGAGUUCUCUUACUAAUCUAUAUUUGGGUAAUAACUCUCUUAAUGGACUUAUUCCUGCUUCAUUCGGCAAUAUGAGAAAUCUGCAAGCUCUGUUUCUCAAUGAUAACAAUCUCAUUGGGGAAAUUCCUUCAUUUGUGUGCAAUUUAACAUCACUAGAACUGUUGUAUAUGCCGAGAAACAAUUUGAAGGGAAAAGUUCCGCAAUGUUUGGGUAAUAUCAGUGACCUUCUGGUUUUGUCAAUGUCAUCUAAUAGUUUCAGUGGAGAGCUCCCUUCAUCUAUUUCCAAUUUAACAUCACUAAAAAUACUUGAUUUUGGCAGAAACAAUCUGGAGGGAGCAAUACCACAAUGUUUUGGCAAUAUUAGUAGCCUCCAGGUUUUUGAUAUGCAGAAUAACAAACUUUCUGGGACUCUUCCAACAAAUUUUAGCAUUGGAUGUUCACUGAUAAGUCUCAACUUGCAUGGCAAUGAACUAGAGGAUGAAAUCCCUUGGUCUUUGGACAAUUGCAAAAAGCUGCAAGUUCUUGAUUUAGGAGACAAUCAACUCAACGACACAUUUCCCAUGUGGUUGGGAACUUUGCCAGAGCUGAGAGUUUUAAGGUUGACAUCGAAUAAAUUGCAUGGACCUAUAAGAUCAUCAGGGGCUGAAAUCAUGUUUCCUGAUCUUCGAAUCAUAGAUCUCUCUCGCAAUGCAUUCUCGCAAGACUUACCAACGAGUCUAUUUGAACAUUUGAAAGGGAUGAGGACAGUUGAUAAAACAAUGGAGGUACCAAGUUAUGAAAGAUAUUACGAUGACUCGGUGGUAGUUGUGACAAAGGGAUUGGAGCUUGAAAUUGUGAGAAUUUUGUCUUUGUACACAGUUAUCGAUCUUUCAAGCAACAAAUUUGAAGGACAUAUUCCUUCUGUCCUGGGAGAUCUCAUAGCGAUCCGUGUGCUUAAUGUAUCUCAUAAUGCAUUGCAAGGCUAUAUACCAUCAUCACUUGGAAGUUUAUCUAGAGUGGAAUCACUAGACCUUUCGUUUAACCAACUUUCUGGAGAGAUACCACAACAACUUGCUUCUCUUACGUUUCUUGAAUUCCUAAAUCUCUCCCACAAUUAUCUCCAAGGAUGCAUCCCUCAAGGACCUCAAUUCCGUACCUUUGAGAGCAAUUCAUAUGAAGGUAAUGAUGGAUUACGUGGAUAUCCAGUUUCAAAAGGUUGUGGCAAAGAUCCUGUGUCAGAGACAAACUAUACAGUGUCUGCGCUAGAAGAUCAAGAAAGCAAUUCUAAAUUUUUCAAUGAUUUUUGGAAAGCAGCUCUGAUGGGCUAUGGAAGUGGACUGUGUAUUGGCAUAUCCAUAAUAUAUUUCUUGAUCUCGACUGGAAAUCUAAGAUGGCUUGCAAGAAUCAUUGAAGAACUGGAACACAAAAUUAUUAUGCAAAGGAGGAAGAAGCAGCGAGGUCAAAGAAAUUACAGAAGAAGAAAUAAUCGCUUCUAGACAAGUUACCAAAUACAGAAAGAUUUGAUUUCAGAACUUCAGAUUUUCAGGAGCCAAGAAUUAGAAGACGCUGGUGUAAAGGAUUUGCUUCUUCCUAUGUUGCAGCUUAUGAUUGUUGGAUUUGAUUUUUAGUUUUAUAAGGUUUUCUUCAGUUGGGAAAAUGUAAUAUUUUGAAUUUUGAUGAUAUACAAUAAAUGUUGUGUUUGUUGAAUGA